AAGAGAACAAGUAAAACAAAGCCAAGGCCCUCGCCCUUACGCUCUGAGGCGAGGGUGCUAAUCAAUAAAUGCAUUUAUCUUGAAUCAUAUUCAUUAUUACAAACUCAUUUAAGGGAGUGGUGAAUACGGAGAGCAGGUGUGCUGUGUAUGUGUGAGUCUGUACUUUUAUAAAGAGCUACAUUGUAUUGUUUGUUUACUUGUUUCCUUCUGUAUUUUUCUCUAGUUUAUUCUUUCGUAUCUAUUCUUGUAAGGGUUUGGUACACAGGACCCCUUGAAAAUUAGAUGUUGUACCUCAAGGGGCUUAUUCUCCUGUUUGAAUAGAUAAAACUUCCUCCUGAAAUAUUUGAGAAGUUGACUAAACUUCCUCUCUGACUUAAGUUUGAUGUUGUUUCCUUGCUCUUAAAAUGCACACGACUGAACUAACUCAGCCCUGCCAUCAUUUAGAUCUUAUCACAGACUUGGUAUGAAGGUAUCUCAAUAUAGAUUUCAUCUGAAAUAUAACACAUGGUUUAAUUUGAGUGAAAAUGAGUCAUUAGUCUUAAAUAGGAUGUCUCGCAGCCAACACAGAUUAUGAUAGUAGAUAAAAAAGAAAUACAACAAUCGUCCAUACUGCCCUAUUUAUGAAAUUAUGACAUUUAACAUUUUUUGACAUAUUACAUUUUGCUUUUAUUUGAAAUCCAGGUACAAAGAAAGUAUUCCUUUGCAAAAAAAAGUCAAAACAGUAAAAAAUAAAAUAAAAAUCUACAAAAUUUUCACAAAAAUGUGUUGAAUUCAGAAUCACAGCUGGGCAGGUGAUCUUCCACCUGAGCUCUUGUAACUUCUAAUAACUCCCAUCUUAAUUAAUCACUUUUUUUCCAUCAGAGUUGGUGGACACUGUUUUCAUCCUGUUUUACUGCUACCUCAAAGCUGUCACUCAGUCAUAGACGUUUAUUUGACUGCAUUACCAAUUUAGGAUAUGUUAUAUGUACAACAGUGCUUUGACAGGAAGGGGUUGACCACUGCAUGUGUCAUAAGACAUGACAAACUGUCUGGUCUGUUGGCCAAUUGGGUGGGAGAGAUAGUUUGUGUAGAGCCUCUAAGACCCUCCCUCUCACAUCUUCUGUUUACUUAAAUAGGAAGCCGCACAGGGAUGAACAGCACUGCAACAACAGAACAACAAUUUUUGAUUCAAUCAAAAGAAGACCGAGGGGUCGUCUUAGAAGAAAGAGCAAAGAUUUCAAAAAGGCAAAAAAUCUUUAGGAAGCAGAAACAAAACUAGAGGCGAAGAUGAAUCUGUUAUUCAUCACUUCCAUCUUCAUGGCGCUCACUGUCAGAGUGGCAUUUUCUCAAAGGAGAAGCAAAGAACUGAUGUGUCUAUCUGGGGAUGGCAGCAGUUACAGGGGAAUGGUGCGCAGGUCUGUUAAUGGGAACAGGUGCCUCAACUGGAACAGGAUUGAUCACCCCUGGGGCACUCACACUGGAGUUGGAAACCAUAAAUACUGCAGGAAUCCUAACCAAAGCAUGAAACCAUGGUGUUAUGUUAGAAAAGGAAGAAGAAUUUCCAAGGAAUUCUGUGAUGUUCCUAAAUGUUCUACAUCAACAUUUAUGCCAACAGUAAAGCCAACUUCAGUCCCUCUUCCAGUGGACACAGAGUACACGUGUGGAGAACGGAAUCAGCAGAGGAUGCAUAAAAUCGUGGGGGGAUCUUUCACAACCGUUGAGUCACAACCUUGGAUUUCAGCUAUUUUUCUAAAGAAUCGUUUUCUUUGUGGCGGCUCUCUAAUCUCACCUUGCUGGGUCCUCACAGCUGCCCAUUGCUUCCCUGAUGAAAUUGAUCCCAGAGCCGAGGAUCUGUCUGUGUUUCUGGGAAAGAGUGCCAUCAAUGACACGGAUGCUGAAAGGGAGCAGAAAUUUACCGUGGAGAAAAUGAUCGUCCACCCAAAGUUUAACAACUUUAACAACGACAUAGCACUGCUGAAAAUCCGAAGCACAAAAGGAGGCUGUGCAGUGAAGACGCCAUCAGUACGCACAGUUUGCCUUCCUCCACUUCACACACAGCUUCCUCCGGGAUUCAAGUGCACCGUGGCAGGAUUUGGAAGAGAAUCAUUUGAGUCCUGGGACUAUUCACAGAUCCUGAAGCAGGCUGAUGUGAAUCUGAUGUCCAGCACUGAGUGUAAAAGAGAACCAAAUUACCAAAGUAUUUUAACUGAGAACAUGUUGUGUGCUGCCAGCCCAGAUUGGAGCACAGAUGCAUGCAAGGGUGACUCUGGUGGUCCUCUGGUGUGUCAAGCCUCAGGCCGCACGUUUCUGUUCGGGGUGGUGAGUUGGGGUGAUGGCUGCGCCACCGAGAACAUGCCAGGCGUUUAUACAAAAAUCACCAACUAUAACAAGUGGAUCGCAGAACAAACAGGACUCACCGAGUACACAAAUGGAUCAAUGUAUCCCUUAAAAUGAAACUAUAGUUAAUAUAAUGUAAUCUAUCAGGUUUUAUAUGUUUCUGAAAGGAAGUUUGGCAGUUUGUAUAUCCAGCUUGUGCAGCUUUUUAUAGUGAUGAUGAAGACAAUGAUGAUAAACAUGCAACAAAUCAGCUCAUGUGUUUUUGUAACUGUAUUGUAUUUAUUUAUUUUGUAAAGAUUUUCUAUGUGAACAUGUGCGGUUUAACCUCUCAAGACCUGACAACCAUAAUGAGUUGUAGUACUACAGUAGUUAUUUAUACUUAACUAGGGCCCUAUGAUUACAUGUGGAAAGGGUUAGCUCAAACAUUGGCUCAGGUCUUAGAGGUUAAUGACGCAAAAGCAAUAAGUAUUAUUAAUAAUCUUUAUUUUUUCAAGAGCAGCUGGCAGGUCCUGUUGUUAAUUUAUUGUUCUGUUCUGACUUGCAAAUUUAAUGUAAUAUAUAAGGAAUUUCAUAAAUAUAUUUAAGUAAACUUUUAUUACACAGUUGUGUUUCACUUUUAUAAUCUUGAAAAACAAUGUUUUGUAAAAAAUAAUUUAAAGUUUCUUAAAGCAUUUAUUUUUUGAAGUUGUUUGACUUUUCCAUGUCAAUUUCAUAAAGCAAAAA